AUGAGCUCUUUCCCCUCGUCAUCCCACUCCUCCUCGUCAUCCUCGCUCCUCCCCGGCCCCUCGCGCCACCACAACCACCAGGCCGGGCUGGUGGCUGACUCGGCUCCGGCCGCCGCCGCCGCCGCCGCCACUCCUGGAGACAUGUCCAACGAAACCACUCCUCCAAUAAAGGCCCUCCCUUGCCAUGGAGAUGCUCCCCCGCCAGCUGACGAGGAUGCGGCCGCGCCGCGUCACACCUUGGUCCCCCAAGGGACACCCACAUCUGGCGCGGUGAUCAGCAGCGGCGGCCCUCCACUGCUAGGCCAGCCCUCUCGCUAUCCACACACCUUCCGCCUGGCCUCCUAUUCGGAAGAUGAACGAAGCAGCCAUCGCCGUCGGGUGCUCCAGUCGCAGCUCGACUGCCCUCGGCCGGAUCUCUAUCUCAAAUCGCGCUUCAAAACAUCGGCCCAAGCACGGCAUCACGCCCACCACACGGAUGAUGCAUUUGCCUCGGACCCCGGGAUCCCGCCUGCCCUCGGCCCGAGUAGUGCCCAUCCGGAGCCCCGCGCGCGUAGCCAUUCCGAUGCUGAUGCCUCGGCCGCCAUGGCCGAUCGUCACACUGAGCCCUACCUCCGGCGCCGCUCCUUCCGCGAUCAUGCAGAUGCUCCUCCUGGGCGUGAGUACUCCUCCUCGUCGACCACCUCCGCAGCCUCCUCUCUGCCAGGUGGCCCAUGGUCCCACCUACAUGCGUCCGGCCGAAGUCCCCCGCCCCGCCAUGUGUCCCCCCUGCCAUAUGCCCCGGGCCCGGACUUUGUCAGCCUUGUCCAUCGGAAUUUGGUUCACCUGGACUAUCGCCCCGAUCCAGGGGUGCGACUUGCAUCGUCGGCCAUGCCCACCUCAUCAUCUCUCCUUGAGAAUGAUGAGCCUCCGGUCGAGCGCCUGGUCUUGACCAAGCUUGUCGGACGUGGGUCCUUUGGCAGCGUCUACCUCGGCAAUCGGACACUCGCCCCGGGGCCCGGUGCGUCGGAAUCCCCGCCGACCGACCCGCCCCCGGGCGACCCGCUGGCCCGCUUGGCAGUGGUCAAACUUUUGAAACCGCAUCACCUCCGCUCGGCCAAUGGCGAAGUGGCCAAGGCCUUCCUUCGGGAGAUCGGUCUGCUACGCAUGCUUCGGCAUCCGCGAAUUAUGCCGCUGCUCGGGUCGGGAUCGCGCCUGGAUGCCGACGGCGGCGAAUGGUUCUAUGUGAUGCCCUUUUUCGAGGCGGGCUCUUUGCGCGAGUGGCUGAGCUUGUCGCUCUUCAAGUAUCUGACACUGGAGAAGAAGAUCCAGAUUGCAAUGGACCUUCUGCAUGCUGUGGCCUACCUCCAUUCCCAUGGGGUUGCGCACCGAGACAUCAAGCCGGACAACAUUUUCAUCGAGUCGUCGCAAACUUUCCGCGUGUGUCUCGGCGACUUUGGAAUGGUUCUCUUUGUGGCGUCGCGCUCGCGCUCGGCCGAUCAAGCACGCCUCUGCUCGCUAUCUUCGGCGGCACGCAUCCGUGCGGAUCCCGUCUCGGUGGCUGCGUGUCAGGCGGCUGCCGCCACCGGCGAAAGCCAUCCCAGCGGUGUCGGCGAUCCUGGGCUCUAUGAAUUGGCUGACCUCUCGGCCUCCGGGGGUGCCAGACGCCCAGGCGAGCUGGCAGUCGAGUGGCGCGGCUGUGGCUCAUCCCCGUAUGCCGCACCAGAAGUUUGGUGUGGCGCCUCGCCCGGGGAGUUGCCCAGUCUCCUGGCCACGGCUAUGGUGACUCGCCUGUCGCCGACGGCUGCCGGUGAGAGUCCCACAGACCAGCAACCAGCUUCGGACGAUCGCCCUGGCGACGGGACGGAGCCUCGCACCGGGUCCCUCGAUGAGGAAGCCCUCAUCGAUGGACCCUUUCGUGCGGACGUCUGGUCCGUUGGUUCGGUGCUAUAUGAGCUAUUUUCCCUCGAGACCCCCUAUCGCCCGGCGGACCCAUCAGCCUUCAUGCGGAAUGUGCGCGAUCACUCCCCGGAGCCCUUGUCACCAAGUGACUUCUCAUCCAGCAGCAGCUCCCUGUCGCUGUACAGCGCGGCUGGGCCUGAUGCGCUGGCAGAUUCCGCGGCCAAUGACUCGGACCCUGGGUCGCCACCCGUAGGCCUGGCAUCCAUUAGUCUGUCUGGGGCAGCCGGCUCGUCAACCCCCCCGCCGGGGGCCUUCCCCCCGCCGGCGCAUCCGCACCCGCACCAUCCCCACUAUCAUCACUUUCUCCAGCGAGCACCGGUGGACAUCCCCCAUCAGCGCCCGAUCUUCGAAGAACUCCAUGGCCCGGGGACACCGCCGGAACCGGCAACCAUCGCCCCGGGCCAUGACAGUUCCCUUGCGGGAUCGCCGCCGACCACUGCUGCAAUGGGGAUGCUGCUUUCAAGCUCGCUGCCGGAUGACUCGACCAUCCUCUCGUCCCCCGGGUCGCCUAUGUCUUCGUCGGAAAUCCGCUGCAACCAGUGGUUCGGUCUCAUCCAUGAUAUGCUGGCCUUUGUUCCAGGCGAUCGGCCCACCGCGCGUGAGGCCCUCGAGCGCAGCUUGCAAUUCCACCUUCCACCGGGGGUGGUUGUCCCGACGGCUGAUGAUCUGGCCGAUUUGGAUGCUGCCGCCAGUGCAACCACAUUUGCCACCCUGCCCGGCACCACCGGGGCUUGCCGGAUGGAUGUCCGCGGCGACGAAGCCGGCACCUCUCCGGCGCCUCUGGCCAGCUCGCGAGCGCCGUUGCCCAUUCCAUCUGGUGGUGGGUCAUUUCCCCGGGAACCACUGGCGGGACCUCCGCCUCGGGGGCUCCCCCUUCCCCCGGCAGCCGGGGCUGCUUCUACAGCUAGCAGCUCCCUUGGCCUGGCGCGGUCUGCUCGGGACAAUGCCCCGCCCGUGGUCACUGGGCCGAGUGCCGACAGCCCUCCGGCCGAUUCCCCGGCCUCCCUCCAUCGCCCGCCGUCGGCCUCCCCGUCUGGCGGUAUCUCCUCCCGGCAGCCGGCCGGCCUUGCCAUGCAACCACGCUCUUCACAUUCGCCUGCUGGAACUGGCCGAGGUGGGCUGGUGGCCGCCAGUACAUCGCGCCCGGUGCGUCGUCCGGCUGCCACGGCCGCCCUCUAUCAGCAACAGCAGACCCCGCUCGCAGAACGCCCGGGAUUCCGCACCGGCGGCUUCUCUCAGGGCGGGUCCCCUCCAGCCGAUGAGAACCCCUCGCGUGCUAGCUACGCCCAACUCCUCCGCCUUUCGGCUGCUGCCAGCCGACGACCUCACUCCUCACGGCCACCGCCCCGGCAGUGAUCCGCACAUCACGAAGCAGAGUCCGAUCUGUGUCCCUUGCUUCGCCCUUGUUCCGCACCGUUUCGCACCUUUUUUUUUUUUGCCGGCCCGCCCGCCUUCCCCUCCCCCUUCCCCCUUGUAUUUGUAGUCCUUCUCCCAACCACCACCCAUCCAUCUGUUCACAUCUGCCUUUGUGUGAGGCGGUACACGAGUGUGAUAUGUAUAAAUAUACCCAUAUGUUUACAUGUGUA